AUGGUUCAACUCACUGAGGUCGAGGACGAGCACUUCCAGGCCCACCAGGCCGGUCCCAUCGAAGAUGAUGGCGACUAUACUGACACUGACUCCGAGAUCUCCGCCGACAGCGACUUCGACCCUACGGACGAGUCCUUCACCGAGCGCCUGUAUGCCCUCAAGGACAUGAUCCCUCCGACCACACGCGGCUGGGUUCAGCACAAGGUCAACUUCGGCGUCAGUGCCGUCCAGAACACGUGGUAUUACGGCUCCCGCACCGUUUGGGUUGUCUGCGCUACUGCUCUGAUGAUUGGUGUGCCUCUGGCCACCUGCUGGGCUGAGGACCAGCAGAUUGAGGGCAUGGAGCGCGAGUUCCGCAUGCGUGAGGCCGGCGGUGAGCUCCUCACUGCCGGCGGCGAGCCCGGCAACGAGGGUGAGAGCACCGCUGACAUUCUCGGCGCCCACCUUGACCGUGCCGAGGCUAAGCCCGCUCUGUAA